AUGGAGUGGAACAUGCCAAGCUCGAGAAAGCGGCGUCAGAUAAACCGCCCUUUGAGACACUUAAAAGAGCUCCCUUUUUGGAAAGGAACUGAGUUCAGGACUUUUCUCCACUACAUAAGUAUCGUGGUUAUGCAUGAUGUUAUGAACACUGAAGAGUUCAACCAUUUCUUGUGUUAUUUUAUUAGUAUAACCACAUUUUCUUCGAAAGUCCAUCAAUCCCUUUGGCCAUUAGGAGAAAACUUAAUGAGGGAAUUUGUAAGAAAUUUCGGACAUUUUUAUGGAAAAGGUAACCUAACCAGCAACGUGCAUAACCUCCAACAUAUAUAUCAAGAGGUCCUUCAAUUUGGUAGUUUAGAUAAUUUUUCAUCAUAUUGUUUUGAAAAUCAUCUUCAAUAUAUAAAGCAAAGUGUUCGAUGUGGGUCAAAAUGUAUAGAGCAAGUUAUAACGAGAUCCCAUGAAAUGUCGUUAAUAGACAGUUUAGUUAAAGCAUAUCCUGCAAAAUAUCCUAAGUUGAUGCAAAACGGAAAGCAAUUGUUUAUAUCAUCCGACUUCGUGUUAUUGCCAAAUGUUGCCAAUCAAUGGUUCUUAACUCAACAAAACGGUAUUGUGAAGUUUUUGGGCGCUAAGAAAUGUCACACGGACUCUUUUAUUUUAUCUGGCAUGCAGUUUGAUAACGUUUCUGAAUUGUUUCAGCAUCGGAUUUCUUCUACCGAGUUAUACAUAUUCGAAGUUAAUAAAACUGAAUCAUCCCAUUACGUUGAAAUACCUUUAAAUUUAGUUAAAUGUAAGUUGGUAGCAAUAUUCUUACCGACUCAUUCACUUUACCAUCCGAGCAUGCAAACAAGACCAUUAGAAACAGUAGCAUUCUUCCCCUUAUUACAUACAUUUCAAAAUAACCAAUAG